AUGGGGGUCACUGGUGCUGGAAAGAGUUCCUUCAUAUCCCUCCUCUGUAACAACAAGGCCAGAGUGGAACAUAAACUGAACGCUGGUACCACCAAGGUUGAAGUCCACGCCCUUGAACUGUCGCCGGAGAGAACCAUAUACCUCAUCGAUACACCUGGAUUUGAUGACGUAGACAAAAGCGACGCAGAUGUUCUUCGAGACAUUGGAAAUUGGCUUGUCGGAUCGUACACCCACAAGAUCAAACUACACGGCAUCAUUUACCUCCACCGUAUCAGCGAAGCCAGAAUGAAGGGCUCUGCUAAGCGAAACAUUCUCAUGUUCCAAGAGCUCUGCGGCGAGGAUGCACUAAAGAAAGUCAUUCUGGCUUCCACGAUGUGGGACACGGAGCCACGUCACGUAGCAGAGGGUCGUGAAAGGCAGCUCAUCGAGACUCCUCAGUGGUGGGGAUGGAUGAUGGACAGGGGAAGUCAGGUGUAUCGCCACUACAACACAUCCGAGUCAGCCAUGAAGAUUGUGCGUGUCCUCGCUGACGGAGGCAGUAAAGUGAAGCUCGAUCUACAGACCCAAAUGGUAGACGAGAACUUGAGCCUCUACGAGACUACGGCGGGCAAGUCACUCAACAAAGAGCUCGAUAAAGAGCGGGCCAAGUGGUCUCGAGAGCUCGCGAAGGUCGAAAAAGAGAAAGAGGAAGCUCUGAGAAAUGGAAAGCAGGAGGCGGCUGAUAUCAUGCAGGAGAUGCGGAUUGAGUAUAGGGAGAAGCUAGCAAAGAUGGAAGAAGAGAGGAAGAAACUCUUCGACGGCAACAAGAGGAACGUGAGGAGAACGAGAGACAAGAACGUCAGAGACGAGAACAUGAGAGGCGAGAGCAUGAGAGGCGAGAAACUGAAAGGCUGGAAAGACGUAAACAAGAAGCGCGAGAGACACGAGAACAAGUCGAACGCGUGCGAGAGGAAUAUGAGAGAAGGGAUCAAGAGAGACGGGAGCAGGAGGAAGCCAAACGCAAAGAGAAACAACGAAGAAGGGAGCAGCAGGAAGCUGAAGAACGGGAGAAGUCCAGCACGGCCUUGGUUCCAUACUCGCCGCCGGCAGCUGCGACAAGAAGUCGGGACAAUGUCUCCAUGGUUCCGAAUCCGCCACUGCCACCUGGCUACCCUCUCCCUCCCCCCAACGCUCCUUCCUACGCUUCACCUUACGCUUAUCCCUACCCUCCCCCCGACGCUCCCUCCUACGCUUCUCCACCGGCCGCUCGUUUCGUUGCUUUCAGGGUGGUUGUCAGCCAUUACCAACACGGUUUUACUGUGA